UGCAGUCUACCUAAAAACCACACUUGUGGGUUUACCUCCUCCGUUUGCUCGAUCCAUCUCUCUCUCACUUCUCUGUGACCCUCUCUCUUUCUCGAAUCGCGUACAAAAGAUGGCUCUCUUCAGAGAGGUAGCAAAGGAAGAUAUGCAGGCAGCAUACGAAGAAGUCAGAAAUGACGGCAACGAAACAAACUGGGCAUGUUAUAAGUACGAGGGUAAAUCAUUGGUCGAAGGUGGAACAGGUGCUGAGUACAGUGAUCUUCUUGAAUUAUUAGGAGAUGAUGAUAGAGCUUACUGUUACGUGAGGUUUGAGACUGGGGAUGAGAUGAGUCGUAGGGCAAAGUUUGCUUUUAUCACUUGGAUUGGCCCUGCUGUUGGUGCACUAAAGAAAGCAGCAGUCUCAACAGACAAAGCUUUUGUUAAAGAGCUCUGGCCAAACUUUGGUAAAGAGAUAUUGGCUGAUGAAAAGAAAGAAAUACAAUACGAUACUGUGAAGAAUAUAUUGGAGAAGGCCAGCGGUGCUGCUUAUGGCACAGGGAAGUAAUUCUGACAAGGCAUCGUCCACAAUGCAGCUAGUAUCCCUCUCUCUGUCGUCAUCCUACUACUACUAUUAAUAAUUAUUAUUUUAUUGAACUUUUUCAUUUGGAGCUAAGAAUUAUUUGUGCGUGUGUGUACUAAUAAUUAUUAUACUAAUUAUAACUUAGAAACAAAUUAUUAGCUUUCUUUUCCACCUUUUCUCACACUUUAGUGGAAUUUUGUUUAAAUUUAUAAAUUAUUAGAAUAAUAAUAAUUAUUACUUAGUGAUUCAAUCCAUUCUUGAUAUUUUUUACAACAUUCCCCUAAA